UUAAAAUCUCGCCCACAGAUGAGGCACUCCAUCCACGCACGUCCAAUUCUCAGGUUACUGCCAGGCAAUGAGAACACGGACAAUUUUGACGCCUUCGAUGGUGAGCUCCGGGAGGACAACAUUUUUGCGACGCCUACCGAUUUUAUGCGAGACGUGCUCAUCCACAUCGGAGCCAUCUAUCCAAGGUAGACGUUGACAGCUGCCCCGUGGCGUGCGCUAUCUUCUGAGCAGAGCACGGGAUCUCUCAGGCGCUGUCCAUCCCAGUUGCACAGGCGGCCCGUCCCAUCCUUCAGCGAUUGUCGAACCACCUGUUAUACGUCACACUGCCCCCUGCACACACCUGGGAUUGCCAUACAUCAGAGUCGACAAGACUGUCAAGGGAGGUCUGAAGACAAUGCUACCCGAGCAUACCUCUCUAUCGCGUAUAUGUUGUGCAGUCAUAUGGGGGCUACGCUGCAGACAACAGCAGGAGAUGGUCAAUCGGAAGUACUGCGGCGGUCACUCUUCGCUCAUUCCCCCUCGUGAGGGUCGGCCG